CUGCCGAGCCGUUUGUUUUGCUCGCGGCCCGGGCGCCUAGUAGCGGCAGUGGGGAGCGACUGCCCCUGUCCUUUCCCCAUUCCCCGGCCGCCGUGCCGGGACCCCGAGCGCGGCUGCCGGAAGGAGGCGGCGGCGCGGGCUUGGGAAUGUGGCGGCGGCUGUGAGCCCUCCCCCUCGGCCCAGCCGCCAUGGAGCCGCAGCGGUGACAGCCCCGUACCUCAGCGCGCCGCCGCCCGCCGACAUGGAUGAUCAAGAGGCCUUGAAAUCCAUCAUGAAGGACCUGGUAGCUCUCCAGAUGAGCCGACGUCACAGACUGACUGGAUAUGAUACCAUGAAGAAUAAAGACACUCCUCACUCCAACAAACAGAAAAAACACAAUGCCAGCAGUCCAACCCUCUUGGGCAGCCCUGCAAUAACAAACCAGUGUGCCUCUGCAGUGGAUGAAAAGAAAAUCUCGAAUGAUGUGAGGAUAAAGUUUGAGCACAAUGGGGAAAGACGAAUCAUCCCCUUUGUCCGUCCUGUGCGCUAUGAAGAUGUGCAACAGAAAGUGAAAACAGCUUUUGGCCAGCCACUGGACCUCCACUACAUGAACAAUGAGCUAUCCAUCCCUUUGAAAAACCAAGAUGACCUGGAUAAAGCAGUAGAUCUCUUAGACCGAAACUCUAAUGUGAAAAGCCUUAGAAUAUUGUUGCUGUCUCAGGACAGGAACUAUACCAGUUCUUCACCCCAUUCUGGACUGCCCAAACAAGUCAGGAUUAAAACUUCCCAAUCUGUGGGGGAUGUGAGCGCACCUUAUCAGCAGCCAGAACCCAGAAGUAGGCAUCUGUCUGUCAGUUCCCAGAACACAGGCCGAAGUUCACCACCUCCUGGCUACGUUCCAGAGAGGCAACAGCGCAUUGCUCGGCAGGGUUCCUACACCAGCAUCAACAGUGAGGGUGAAUUCAUCCCAGAAACCAAUGAACAGUGUAUGCUGGACCCUUUAAGCAGUGCCGAAAACUCGGUGUCAGGAAGCUGUCAGUCUUUGGACAGGUCAGCAGACAGUCCUUCAUUUCGGAAGUCAAGGAUGUCAAGGGCACAAAGCUUUCCUGAUAACAGGCAGGAGUUCUCAGACCGUGAGAACCAGAUCUAUGACAAGGUGGGCAAAGGUGGCACCUACCCUCGGCGCUACAAUGUUUCCAUACAGCACAAGGACUACAACGAUGGCAGGAGGACAUUUCCCAGGAUACGACGUCACCAAGGGAAUCUUUUCACUUUGGUCCCUUCCAGUUGUUCCUUAAGCACCAAUGGAGAAAACCUGGGCCUGGCUUUGCAGUACCUGGACCCUUGGAGCUGCCUGAGGAGCGCCGAUAGCGAGAACGCCCUGGGUGUGCAGGAGAGGAACAUUCCCACCAAGUCUCCGAGUGCUCCGAUAAACUGGCGACGAGGAAAACUCUUGGGCCAGGGGGCCUUUGGACGGGUGUAUUUGUGCUAUGAUGUGGACACAGGCAGAGAACUUGCAGCUAAGCAGGUCCAGUUUGACCCAGAGAGUCCUGAAACAAGCAAGGAAGUGAGUGCCCUGGAGUGUGAAAUUCAGCUGCUGAAGAAUCUCCAGCAUGAACGUAUCGUUCAGUAUUACGGCUGCUUACGGGAUCGAGCAGAGAAGACUUUGACCAUCUUCAUGGAGUACAUGCCAGGGGGUUCAGUGAAGGACCAGCUGAAGGCAUACGGUGCCCUCACAGAAAACGUUACCCGGAAAUAUACUCGCCAGAUCCUCGAGGGAGUCUCCUACCUUCACAGCAACAUGAUUGUGCACAGGGACAUAAAGGGAGCCAAUAUUCUUCGUGACUCUGCUGGGAAUGUGAAGCUUGGGGACUUUGGGGCCAGCAAAAGGCUACAGACAAUCUGUAUGUCUGGCACAGGCAUCCGCUCUGUCACCGGCACACCGUAUUGGAUGAGCCCAGAGGUGAUCAGUGGAGAGGGUUAUGGAAGGAAAGCUGAUGUAUGGAGCCUUGGUUGUACUGUUGUGGAAAUGCUGACAGAGAAACCCCCCUGGGCAGAGUUUGAAGCCAUGGCAGCCAUCUUCAAAAUCGCCACCCAACCAACCAACCCCCAACUCCCCUCUCGCAUAUCAGAACAUUGCCGGGACUUUCUAAAGCAGAUCUUUGUAGAAGCCAGGCACAGACCCUCUGCUGAAGAGCUGCUCAGACAUCAGUUUGCACAGCUCCAGUACUGAAUUAUGCCUCCCUAUGCUCCUGCUGGGCUUUCCAUGCCCCGUCUGGUCUAGUUGCAACUAUCCGUUGUGGUGCUGCAUCUUCAAGAAUGCCAACUCAGCUGGCCUAAGUCCUUUGGGGAAACAAUGCCAAGGAACCUAGGGUCUGCUAGCCUGAUACCUUUGGUUUGAUGGACUAAUGCUGUCCAAAGAGAGCUGCAUUUUUGCCCUAGUUACCUUGCUGUGAAAUUUGCAGCUUGCUGCGUGUUUUUCUACAGGCCCCAAGAACCAGGAACCUAAGAAAUGUCUCACUGGUUGAACACAAGAAAUCCAAGCCAAAGUGGGAACUGGAAGAGCUAACAAACACUCUUCAGACCAGAAAACAUGCACCAGAUGCAACAGCCAUCCAGACCAGCUUUCUUUACGUGUGGGUCACUUGUUUUGCGGUGUUGGGGCUUCAGAGGUCCAUGCAGCCAGCCAAAAGCCAUGUGUCAUUGAGCUAUAUAAUGUUCUAUUUUUUUUUUCUUCUCUCCUUAAGUAUUCUGAAUCAAUAUUUUCUGAACACCUUCAGAUGCUGAAGUAUGUGAAUAGUGUUAUUUUAUAACAAAACCAUGGGAUUUUUAGGGGGAGUGGGGAGUGAGGGGAGGUCUUUUUAGCUUCAAUGUCAGGAUAAUCAAGUUUGGGCAGAAUUGUUCCAGGGCCUAACGUAAGGGUUCUCUCCCACUGACCUUAGAAACUCCAGAGCUUGAUUUCCAAGGCUCAGAUCUGGUUCAGCAUUAAGACAGUGUCAGUUAAUUUGUGUCCUCAUAGCCAACAAAUCUGUGCUCCUUCAUCUGUCUGGGACUUAUUGGGUCUAAACAAAACCCUUCUGGAAGAGAGUUUUACAGAACAGCUUUUUGCUGCAACUGUCUUUUUAGCUGGUAAUUUCUUACCAUCCCUUAAACCAAAGAGAGUUCAUCUGGUGCCCAGGAAUAUCUUGCAGGAAAAGCUUAUGUGUUUCUUUAAGGACCUGACCUAAUGGAAAACUUGAGUUUUUUUCACAGGGAGGAUUUACUGGACACUAGUUUUACCUAUGCACAGGAAGUUAGAACCAAGCUCAACCCUUCAGUAUGUGUGUGUUUUGUUUUCUAGAUGUGCAAGUGUUCAUUUCAGAUUUCCAGAAAGUGUUAUGGCCCUAUUUAAAUAAGCCAAACAGAGAACCAGAGAGAACAUUUGUCAUGCUAGAACAUGUCUCAAGUUAACUGGAGGUCCUCAUGCAGGUACCAGCAAAAUGUAUCCAAGUGGGUUUUUGCAUUUGAAAGGUGCCACGACUUGAGAACUGAGUUCCUGGCCUCAAAUACUGUCUGUGGAUGUGGACACUAGUAGUCCUCAUUUCACUUAGAAAGGACCAGCAUCCUCUAUAUGCUGGGAAUUCACAGAGUGAAUAUAAAUUAGCUGUGUGAAAUGAAACUUAAGCAACUGUAUGAGCUAAAAUAUUGCUAAAGAACAAUGCUAAAGAUGUUCUGCUCGUGUAUUUGGAAUUAUAUUAAGGCUCUACAUACCUCCACUCUUCUCCCUCCUAAAAACUUGAAACUUGCUUUUGUAAUGCAGUAAACUCAACAAGUUAGAAGUGAAUGUCAAUAGGAUAAGACAAGUUUUAAUGAAACCAAGCUCCUUGAGCUCAUGAUAAAGACUGUAUGGAAUUAAGAGGGAAGGAAAAAAAAAACCUAAAAAAAACCCCAAACAACUAAAAAGCCCUGAAAGUGUUUAAGAAUCUGAAGUGGAGUUUUUUUCUGUGCCAAACUUGGAGCAAUGUGUAAUCGGUGAAAAGCAGCCUCUUGUUGCUUUCACUUUGAAGCACUCCUGCACUGUUUAGGUUGCAGGCACUUAGAGGGAUAUCUUUUCUGAAAGCCCUUAUUCCCAUGUGAGAGCACUUCUCUUGAUCCUUUCCAAACCUGGAACUUGACUCCAAAUUGUCAAGACAUGAGGCCUGAUUUUUGGCCUGCACUUCACUGUCACUAAGGGAAGUGAGGCCAUGACACUUCUACUCUGGUUUAAAAGAACCUUUUUGCACCCCUUUGCUGUGGUGCAGGUGGCUGUGAUGCUGUAGAGUGAUGUGAAAUCAUUCCUGGAGUCUUGAUCAGGCAGAAUUAGGGUGGGCAGCACUCCCGUGGGGCCUAGUAGCACUCCUCAAGCCUUGCAACUAGCACCUGAAUAUACCAAAGAUUGGAAUCUUUUAUCCAUCACACUUUACCCUGUAGACAUAUAGCAGCAAUCAAGAGUGCAGUGAACCUAUCUGCAUAGGCAUCUGUCUACCCUUGGCUUGUCCUCACCAAAUUGAGACCUCCUUCCAUGGUCUUGUUAUCCCCCACGUCGUGAUUUGGGAGAGAAUAGGGCAUGAGGGAAUGAUGUAACUUUUAAAGCAACUAAAUCCUCAGGAUCUGCUGUGGCUUUUACCUCAUAUACUUCAAGGAAGGCUGUUCCAGAGCAGAGCAAAAGAGCAUCAUGGACUGAUGGGCUCAGUCCUUUUCCCCACCAGAGCUUCUGGUCCUUCCCACCACCCACACUGCAAUGUGCCUACUCAGUGUCUCUACACUCCUACUCCAGUCUUUGUCAAUGAAAGGAAAUAGCAAUUACACAGUGACAGAGGACAACAGGGGUGCCAUCUUGGACCUUCUUAUAUCCCAAUACCUGACCCAGUGCCACCUGUUUGGCACAGGAACAAGCCAAAGCAUUACUUAUAUGUUUGGAGAUGCACUUUUAUGAAUGUAGUUUCUAUCGCUCCAUUUUUUAGCUCUUUUUGCAUCAUGUAAACAGUGAUGCCUCAUACUUUUUUGUUUGUUU